CGAUUUACCAGAAAUUCAUGCUUGAAUUGAGACCGAAAACCAGGAACUCUAAUUUAAUUCGAAUCUGUUAGCUCUUUUAGAAUGGAGUGAAUAUCAUAUAACCCUACACCAUAGAGCAAUUAAAUGAAACAAAAACAAAAAAAAAAGAUUUUUUUCCUCCGACCCCUAUUCCUCCAUCCUAUGUUUAGCCUUAAAGCACCAAAGCAAAUGUUGCUUUGCAAUAUACAAUUUACUUGAAGGGCAUUAGCAGCCGUUGCAGCAACUCCUUGUGUAAAAAGGAAAACAUAUUUAUCACCAUUGAAGCUUAGCUUCAUUAAACCAAACUCUGAACCAAAAAAGAAAAAGAAGAAGCUUCAUAUUCACUCCUUUUUCCUGCCACCCCAUUUGAAGUAUAAUCUAAGUUUUACACCCCUUCUUUUCCUCUUCAUACUACAUUCUUCAAAGCUCUUUGACUUGAAAUCACUCUACUUCUCUUGACUAUUCUGGGUACACGCACUGCACUGUAUUAUAGGUUAUUCUCGGAAGGGGCUCCAUAUAGUUAAUUAUAAGGUGAUUGUUCCCUUCUCUUUCAGCGGAUUCAUAUCAUCAUCAAUUUGAGUUUUAGUCCAUAAUUAUCUUUCCGCAUAAGAUUGUGUAAUGGAGUCAAGCCAAGUUAGAUCCGCAAGUUGCGGAGGGAAAGCUGGAGAAGUGGUUCAUGAAUUUAUAAAAACGGAAAGGGGUGGAAAUUCUUUCACUGCUUUACUUGAACUGCCGGCCAAUCAAGCUAUGGAACUUCUCGUACAUUCUUCUGAAAUUGUUUCACCUAAAACUUGCUAUCAUUACCCAAAGCCUCCCAUUUUCCCUUCCGAUAUUGACAGAGCCUCCAAGUUCUCUGUCUUUUCCGCAGGAAAUUCACCGAAUACUAGUUCAUUUCCCUCAAAUUCGAGUUCAAAGUCAGAAUUCGUAAAACAAGAACCAAUUGAUUCAGAAUCCAACCCCAAUUCUUCUCCGGCCUUUUCAAAUCCAGAGGUUAAUCAGAAAACCACUAAGCGAAAGGAACACCAGAAAAAGGGGAAAGAGAGUAGCAAAAAGAGCAAAAAAUCAGGAAAUGAUACUUCAGAGAAGCUUCCGUAUGUUCAUGUCCGAGCACGACGAGGACAAGCUACAGAUAGUCAUAGUUUAGCUGAAAGAGCUAGGAGAGAGAAGAUUAAUGCAAGAAUGAAGCUAUUACAGGACCUGGUCCCAGGAUGUAACAAGAUAUCAGGUACUGCAGUGGUGCUGGAUGAGAUCAUUAACCAUGUACAAUCCCUACAGCGUCAAGUGGAGGUCUUAUCAAUGAGACUUGCUGCGGUAAACCCAAGAGUUGAUUUCAACCUUGAUAGUCUCUUUGCUGCAGAAAGUGGUUCUGCAGCGGAUAGUAACUUCCUGGGCAUAGUUUCUCCAUCAAUUUGGCCUGAGGGACAGAAUAGAAACCAGUAUCAACAGCUGUUGCAUAUUGAUGGAUUCAAUCAGCCUGUCUGGGUUAGGGAAGACGAUAAUUCGUCUAGCUUCAUUACUCCACAGAACUCACUUUUGAUUUAUGAUUCCUCAGCAAAUUCAGGUAGAGGACCGAUGGUCGAUGUUUCAUAUGCUAAUGAACCCAAUUUCAGUUUGCUGACUUUAACCCCUAUCUCCCCUUCAAAAGGGAGGAAUUGCAAAGUGGGAGAGUUUUGCGGCCUAAAUCUCUUUAUUAUGGUUCUGUUGAUAAAAAGGGAGAGACCUUAAAUGGUUCUUCUGAGAAAACUCCACAUUCCAAAAUAAAAAAAUCCAACCAACCUUCAAACCCAGAGGGAAAAUCUGUGAUUAAAGUCGAGGAGAUUAAAUGCGAGCCUAUGGACAACAAAAGGAGAAAGAUGGAUGGACAAGAGGUCAUACCAAUACCACCCAGUUGAAGAUAUUCUCUGUUUUGUAUAGUAUUUUCAUUACUCAUUAUGUAUUCUAGGGUGUAGUAAUAUAUCUUUUAAUGCCAAAUAUACCUUGUACAAUCCCAUUGUCUUUUUAAUGUUAUAAUGUGUUGUGUGAUCUUAUUUCAAACUUGUUAAUAAUUCUUAAACAUUAUUAUA